AACGUAUAUCACGUGCCCACACUGUCUGUUACUCUUCUGUCGGUGUCUCAACUAGUCCACAGUGGCUACAUCGUCCGCGUCGCCGAAAAUGAAUGGAGUGUCAUACACGGCAAAAAGCGCACCAAGGUUCUUCGCGCGCGAGAAGCCAAUGGGGUCUAUGAAGUCUACACUCCUGAGUCGGGCCUGAUUCCAAGCGAAAUUGGCUCGGCCCUGUUGGCUGCGCUCCGUACAAACGUAUCUCUUGCUACCUGGCACGGUCGUCUGGGCCACCUGAACAUGGCAGACUGCCGGAGACUGGCCGCCACGAAGGCAGUGCGUGGGGUCGUCAUC